AUGGCCGUACAGGUCGAAGAAGUAGUUAGACGGAACGGAUGUGUCCCUGCGACCUGUGCCUUCAUUGAAGGCAUACCGUAUGUCGGACUUAGUGCAUCGCAGACUGAACGUCUUGCGGAACAAGCAGACAAGGGCACAGUCAACAAAGUAUCCCGAAGAGACAUUGGCUACACCAUGGCCAAUCGGAUGAGUGGAGGCACUACAAUCGCUCUGACGAUGAUUCUUUCUCAUAUGGCUGGUAUUAAGGUCUUUGGAACCGGUGGACUUGGAGGGGUCCAUCCUGAUGGUCAAUACACCAUGGACAUCUCUGCUGAUUUGACGGAAUUAGGUAGAACUCCUGUAGCUGUUGUAUGUGCUGGACCUAAAUCCAUUUUAGAUAUUGGAAGAACUAUGGAGUAUUUAGAGACUCAGGGUGUCUAUGUGGGAACCUAUAACGAUUCUAAAUUGAACCCUAAUAGAGUUGAAGUCCCAGGGUUCUUUUGUCGUGAGUCUGGGGUUUUAAGCCCUUAUUCGUUCAGUGACUUUACAGAAGCUGCUUCAAUUAUCGAUAAUAGUGUUAACAAAAUGGGGUUGCAAAGUGGUAGUUUAUUUUGUAUUCCUCCACCUAAGGAUAUUGCCUUACUGUCUGACUUUAUUAGUGCUAUAAUUGACCAGGCAACUAGAGACGCAGCCGCAAAGGGUAUAACGGGAAAGAAUUUAACACCGUUUCUAUUAAACGAGAUUGCCAUACAUACAAAGGGGAGAUCAGUUGAAUGCAACAUAGAAUUUGUUAAGAAUAACGUUUAUUGUGCCACUGAAAUUGCCAAAGAAUUGUUGAAAUUGGAAACGUCGUCGGAAAGAAGGUCUAGUGCAACCAGACAAGUUGUCCUGACUUCUUCUGUUCUGAAGUCUGUUCUGAAGUCUGUUCUGAAGUCUGUUCUGAAGUCUGUUCCAGACAUUGUUGAUACACUUAUUAUUGGCUCUAUUGCUUUAGACAGUAUUUCUACGAUAUGCAUACCUGAACUUAUUAUGCAUGAUUCUAACCCCGGCUCUACCAGAAGUAGCAUUGGAGGUGUGGGAUAUAAUAUUUCACUAGCCAACUGGUACACUAAGAAGAAGGCAGGUGAAAGAGGUCGUUUGGUUUCUUUUAUAGGUGAUGACUUCCAAGGUAAAGCUAUCAUACAAGAGCUAAAUAACAUGAACUUUGAUACCACAGGAAUCAUCGUCGUCAAAAACGCCCAAACUGCCCAAUACACUUCUAUUCAUGAUGGAAAAGGUGAACUAGUUGUUGCAUGUGCCGAUAUGACAUUGGUGGAAUCUGAUUUUGGUGAUGAAAUUAAAGCUCAAGUUCAAAGAGCUAUGCCCAAAACUGUGGUCUUAGAUUGCAAUUUAUCAUCACAAACAAUUAACUCAAUAAUUGAAUAUAUUGAAAGAGAAAGCUCAGAGACUAUAAUAAUUGUUGAUCCCACCUCUGCAGCCAAAUGCACUAAGUUAGCUGCAUUAAAACAUCAUCAGGUGUUUCCGCAUAACCCUAUAAGGCUUUUAACGCCCACUAUCAAAGAACUAGAACGCAUUCAUCAAGCAUAUCACGAGAAACAAUUGUUUUCCGACUUUGACCAAUGGUUCCCCAUGCUUGAUUCACUUGGAAUCAAUUCAGCAUUCAGAGAACGUUUGUUCAAAUACAAACCAUUAAGACCAUUGCUUGAAAACGGAGUGAUUCAACAAUCGUUUCAACUUUUACCUUAUUUCCAAAACAUCUUGGUCAAACUCGGGGCUAAUGGUGUUUUACUAGUAAGCAUUCUGACAGACGUUACAAGCUACAAGCUGCUCCCCACAACUUCAGAGUUUGCACCAGAAUUUAUAAUCACUUCUGAAGGACGCACGGUACCGGAGGUUGGUCGAAAAAUGGGAGUAGUACUUCAUUAUUUCCCAGUACCUACAAAAGACAUUGAAGUUGUAAAUGUCACUGGUGCUGGAGACUCAAUGUUGGGGUAUCUUUCGGCUACACUUUCCGAAUACAAUUGGCUCUCGCCUUCAAUUGACUCUGUUGAACAAGAAUGGAUGUUAUGGCAAGCCAUACACAAAUCCCAGCAGGCCAGUGGGUUAUCAUUGCAACUGAAGGAAACCAUUUCUCCAUCAAUAAACCAACUAUGA